UUCUUCUUCGUUUUCUCCUCGUUCUUCAUCGUUACGCGGUUUCAAUCUUUAUUUGCAUAUUUGCAUAGAAAUUGAUUGUGUUUUGAUGAAUUUAAACCCUCAAUCACACUAAAUAUAUAUAUAUAUUUGAAUCUGUUCUGUGAUGGUUGGAAAUAUUGAGAAAUUGAGAUGGUUAGGGUUCUUGGUUUAAGUCGGUUUGGGGAGUUAGGGUUCUUUGUUAGGGCUACGAUAAAUUUUUUUGGUUUUUGCCGCUUAUAAGAAUUUUGUUCUUUCAUAUUAGUUGUGCAAUCUGUUGGAAUUUAAAGGAACUUUGCCACCGGCCGAUUCUCUCAUCAAUCAUUGUCGUGUCACAAGCACCACAAAUGGAAGUUGAAAUUGAAAAGAAGCAAAGAGUAGAGAGUGUAGAUGGAAAGCUUUAUGUGGCAACCAGCCUCGCUGAGAAGCAAGAAGUAAGAACUGCUAGGAAGCCCCAUUCAAGAAACAAAGACAAAGAAGUUGCUAAGCCAGAAGACAAAAACGUAGAAGUUGAUAAGCCAGAAGACAAAAACGAGGCGUCUUCUGAUUCUAGUGGUUUUGUGGAGUGGAAGAUGUACAUCUUUACCGCAGAGGAAGAGGAGAUGAUCAGGAAUCAGAAGUGAUUCUGACAUGGAGCCAGGAGAUGAUCAAAGAAGGGAGGACUAAGAAAGAAAAGCAGUUUUUAAAGUACUUUUGAUUAUAGGUUUGAAUCAUGUGUGUUAAUGAGUUAUGUUAUGUGUAACCUCUGCUGUUCGCUCGAGAAUUGUAUUUUCUCUAUUUAGAAUACUUGUCGCUCAAGAAAUGUAUAAUAGGAAUAUGGUCGGACGGGUUAUUACCGUCUUAGAAAAUUAAAUAAUAGUUUGAGCAAAUCUUUGAUUUGAUUUAAUUUAUAUUUUGUAUACAUAUUCAUUUAA